AUGCCACUGGAGAAAGAACGUUUUCGCGCCAUAAUUCAUUACAACAUUCAGAGACAAUUAUCUCAACAAGAAUGCCUUGCUGAGAUACUGACUAUUUCCGGUAACGAAGCGCCACAUCAGUCGGCAAUUUCCCGUUGGAAUAGAGAAUUCAAACGUGGACGGGUGAGUCUUAGCGACGAUCCCAGGGUGGGUACACCAAAAACGGAAAACGUCGAUGCUGUGCGCAAACUCAUCAUUGAAGAUAUUGAGGCGUCCUUGAAAAUCUCAAAGACCUCAAUUCAAAAAAUUUUACAUGAAGAGUUAGGAGUAAGAAAAUUAGUUUCUCGUUCGAUACCCCACCUGUUGACUGAAGAGCAGAAAGCUGCCAGGGUUAACUGGUGUCAAAAAACGCUUGACCGUUUCAAUUCCGGAAACUCAAAAAAUGUGUACAGCAUUGUUAGUGGUGAUGAAUCGUGGAUUUACUGUGAAGAAAAGCCAACAAAAGUCAUCCGUUCUCGAAGUGUUUCGAAUAAGAUGGGCGCGACAUUUGUGUCAAAAGCGGCAGUCAUCACCGAGCUUCGAAAAAUCAACCCCGAACGAAGAAUCAUCCUCCACCGAGACAAUGCAAGCUCGCACACUGCCGAAACAAUGAGGCAGUAUUUAACGGAAGAAAACGUGGAAUUAUUGGAGCACCCUUCAUAUAGUCCCGAUCUAAGUCCUAACGAUUUCUUUACUUUCCCGAAAAUUAAAAACAAACUGCGUGGUCAAAGGUUCCAGUCACCAGAAGAAGCAGUUGACGCAUUCAAAAAUGCCGUUUUGGAUCUGCCAGCAAACGAGUGGAAUAAGUGCUUCAAAAAUUGGUUCGAGCGCAUGCAGAUCUUUCUGCUAUUCAAAAUAUCCCAUCUCUUCUGA